UACCUAAACAAAUUCUCAUGUUUUGCACAGAAAACAAAAGGAAUCCAAAAUAUUUGCUAUAGGUAUAUCUAAAAGAAACAACUAUAUAUACAUGCAUGAAGACCGUCGGAUUGUUGCUUAUUACAUUCGUCAUUCUCUUGGCAUCAUUACCGCUUCCAACAAAAGCUAUCGGUGCAGGCGGAAGUAGAUCCAAGAGGGACAGAGAAUCAUGUGAAGAAAGUAGGAUUCAGACUUGCUUGGACGUUGUUAAUAGUGGAUUAAAGAUAUCGACCGAAUGUUGUAAAUUUUUGAAAGAGCAACAACCAUGUCUUUGUGAUGUAACUAAAACCAGUAAGAUCAAGACCAAUGUCCUCAGCUCUCGUCUCAAGUCUUGUGGUAUUCAUAACCUAAAAUGUGGAAAUAACAACAAUGCGAUGCGAACAAGCAACCCCCCAGUACUUCGAGACACCACACCAAAGAUACGUUGAGUCUUUGACUCUUUUUUUAUAUUAACCCUAUUAUAGAUAGUUUACAAUUUAGGGAAAUUUUCUCCACCUUUCCCAUAUUCCUUGCUUGUAAGAAUCAAUGAUUUCAUAUUAAAUCAUGAACUCUUAUAGAUACAAAAGUUUGGAUUGUCCAUGCUAACAUUCAUAAACGUAAUAAUAUGAUAAAAAUGUGGGAUA